AUGGGGGAUUUGGAGGAUUCCAAACAAUUUUUUAGGAAAUAUGGAGAUGAUCUUUUGAAUCCAGUAUUUCUUAAGCUUCCAACUGGUUCAGAGUGGAAAAUAGAACUCAGAAUAUGGGAGGGUGACGUCUGGUUCGGCGAGGGUUGGCCAAAUUUCUCGAAGUUUUACUCUCUAGACUGCUGUCAUUCGUUAGUUUUCGGAUAUGAAGGGAAUUCAACAUUCCGCGUUCGUGUAUUUGACAAGGAUUUCACAGAGAUCAACUAUCCAUUGACAAUGCCCGAGAUGGAAGAAACCGAUGAAGGUGAUGAUUCCCACAAAAGUUCUUGGGAUGAUGAUGACGACUCUGAUUGUGUUGAAGUCUUGGACAACAUCAUAUCCCGCUCAAGAAAAACAAGGGACAAAUCUCCAUUGUCAUGUCCUCGGCCUCAUAUGAAGCACAGAACAGGUUCAACUGCUGAGUUUGCAUCCAAAAGACACGGUGAAGGCACGUCCAGCACUCCAAAACGUGCUCAAACAGUUCUUGGGAGGAUGCAUGCAUCGAAAGCAAGAGGAAAAGCUGUUGUAGCUCUUCGGAGAGCUACAGCUUUCAAAUCUGACAACCCUUCUUUCAUAGUUCCCAUGAAGCGCACUUAUAUCAAUGGACAUUCUGUGGUAAGUUCUCUAUAG